GCGUGCUGAUAAUCAGCCAUCUGAUCGUAUCGACUCCAUCAUAACAAAAAACGACAGCUCAUGAAAGCCUGUGACGGAGCAGCAACCAACUUCGAUCGGGAUCAAACUUGGCAAUCCGCUAUUGUAGCAGGACCAAAUCGUAUGCUAAACUAGCCGCACUUUGAAGGAGCUGACUCCACCAUGAUGACCAGAUACCGAUGUCGAUCGGCUCUAUGUAUGCUGAUCAGUUUAUAUCUACAUAUGGAUGUGUUUCCCGCCAAGGAAUGGACAUUUUCUGCAACACGACUCAAAACAUGUUGGUUGAGAUCCUCGAACACGUGCUUAUCGGUUCAAAUGGGGCCUCACGAGGUGAUGCCUUGUAAGUCUAUGCAGGUCAGCAUUUCGAAACGCAUGAGGCGGUUCCUAGAGUGCUCUUCGGCACCAGAACGGCAGGACCUAUUUCUGCCCUUUGUGAACCAACACCAAUGCCAGUUCGGCGUUCUAAGGCAGAUCCAAAGACAUGGUCCUGGAGCCCUACUGUAUCGUCGACCGACACACUCACAAUAAGCCUCAUCUCCGGACCACGGUGUUGGUAAUGCUACCGAUAUAGACAAGCCCGACCCAAAGCGUCGGAUUGUGGUGUGCCAAUGAUUCGAGAGCUUCUGUAUAGUAAUAAUCAAGAGCAUAGAUGACAUUUAGAAUGAGCCCCGCAAGGGGUUAGGCUAUUCUCUCGCC